AUGGGGGGCACCUGGGCAUCCCGCACCGCUCCCGGUCCCAUCCUCCACGUCCCCAAAUCCUCCCGUGCGGGGUCCCCGAGCUCCGUGCGUGAAUGCCCGAGGCCCGGGGCCCUGCAGGCUGCGCCCCUCGCCAUGCAGAGCUCCGCACCCUGGAGGAGGCUGCUGCUGCUGCUGCUCGCGCUGUGGGCGCCUGAGACGGGCGCUGCGGGGCAGACGGCGGGGGAGCUGUACCGGCGCUGGGAACGGUACCGCAAGGAGUGCCAGGAGAGCCUGGAGGCCGCCGAGCCGCCCUCAGGUCUCGCGUGUAACGGGUCCUUUGAUAUGUACGUCUGCUGGGACUACGCGGCCCCCAACGCCACCGCCCGUGCGUCCUGCCCCUGGUACCUGCCGUGGCACCGCCAAGUGGCUGCGGGAUUCGUCCUUCGCCAGUGUGGCAGCGAUGGCCAAUGGGGACCUUGGAGAGACCACACCCAGUGUGAGAACCCAGAGAAGAGUGGGGCCUUUCAGGACCAGCGGCUCAGCUUGGAGCGGCUGCAGGCGAUGUACACCGUGGGCUACUCGCUGUCCCUGGCCACGCUGCUCCUGGCCCUGCUCAUCCUGGCUAGCUUCAGGAGGCUGCACUGCACCCGGAAUUACAUCCACAUCAACCUCUUCACAUCUUUCAUGCUGCGGGCUGCGGCCAUCCUGACCCGAGACCGGCUGCUGCCUCCCCCGAGCCCCCACUCUGGGGACCAGACCCUCGCCCUGGGGAGCCAGGCCUUGGCCGCCUGCCGCACGGCCCAGAUCGUGACCCAGUACUGCGUGGGCGCCAACUACACGUGGCUGCUGGUGGAGGGCGUGUACCUGCACAGCCUGCUGGUGCUGGUGGGCGGCUCGGAGGAGGGCCACUUCCGCGGGUACCUGCUCCUCGGCUGGGGGGCCCCCGCGCUGUUCGUCAUUCCCUGGGUGGUCGUCAGGUACCUGUACGAAGACACGCAGUGCUGGGAGCGGAACGACGUCAAGGCCAUCUGGUGGAUCAUCCGCACCCCCAUCCUCAUAACCAUCUUGAUUAAUUUCCUCAUCUUUAUCCGCAUUCUUGGCAUCCUCGUGUCCAAGCUGAGGACACGGCAGAUGCGCUGUCCAGACUACCGCCUGAGGUUGGCUCGCUCCACGCUAACGCUGGUGCCGCUGCUGGGCAUCCACGAGGUCGUGUUUGCGCCCGUGAUGGAGGAACAGGCCCGGGGCGCCCUGCGCUUGGCCAAGCUGGGCUUUGAGAUCUUCCUCAGUUCCUUCCAGGGCUUCCUGGUGAGCAUCCUCUAUUGCUUCAUCAACAAGGAGGUGCAAUCGGAGAUCCGCCGGGGCUGGCGCCACUGCCGCCUGCAUCGCAGCCUGGGAGACCAACAGCGCCAGCUCCCGGACUGCCGCACCACCCGGGCGCUGCCCCUGGGCUCUGGCCUCGGCGAGGUCCGUAGCGGCCGCGCCAUGUCCUGCGGGACCUUGCCGGGAGCUGGGGAUGAUGGCAGCCGGGUACUGGAGAGUUACUGCUAG